GAAGCGACGAUGAAAGAUCCAAGACUGAAGUUCCAGCUCACUAUGAUCUCAUGAUGUCCAGGCUUAAAGCAGCGAGUGUAGCUGUGCUACUCCUUGUGUGGUUACAUGGCGCAUCGGCAGAAGCAACGUUUUUAACAUGCAUCUCCAAUUGUGAAAAUAAAACCGACGGUAACUACGUUAUAUGCGGAGACAAGUGUGAACAGGGCUAUUUUCUGGCGUGUCACAAUGGAAACGGAAAUGAAAUGCCGUGUGCUUUGGGCAUGUACCACUUUAAAAACGGCACCCAGUACAACGCUCGACUCAUCUUUGACCCGUCUAUGGAUGCUUGUACUUACAGUAAAGAAAUCUGCAGCACUCCGUCAUUCCAAGUCAGAACUUGUGUGGCCUACGGUUGCUCGUACCGUAAAGAUGGGCUCUACGCAUUGUGUGGCGAGCAAUGUCUUGAGGGGUAUUAUGCGGAAUGCGAGAGAGGAAUCUUGAAAAAAGUACAAUGCGAGCGCAACGAGUCCAACCCACAGGAGAAGCUGGUGUUUCAGCCGUCGAGUAAACAGUGUGAGCCGUCCAGCGAAACGUGCACAAGCAAUGAUGAGAUUGCAGAGAACUUGGUGAAAAAUAAACCAAGCAGCUGUGUCAACGAUGACAAUGACUGUAGUGGCCUGCCUGACGGAAACUAUAAGAUCUGCAAGGCUGAGUCUUGUCUGGCUGGGUUGUUCGCUAGUUGCAGUGGUGAGCUUUAUUACGAGAGGGAGUGCUCCCUAGGGUUGGACUACAGCGAUCCAAACAAACAAGUCACCAAAAGGCUCAUUUACCACCCCGAGACUGACUCCUGUGAAUAUUCAGCGGAUAUCUGUCACGAAAAAAACGAAGUCGCUGACAAUAGUGACAAUACCACCGCUAAAAGCAACAAACCAGAUUGUGUCGACAGCUGCAAAAACAUGCCAGACGGCAACUACAUGCUGUGCGGAGAACAGUGUAAUGGCUACUACGCGACCUGCUCCAAUGACGCGCUUCAUAAAAUGGAAUGUGCACUCGGCUACCAUACGCACCCCGAUGGUGCAACCAACCUGACCAGGACGAACUACGAACCCUCUCAAGACAAGUGCCUGUUCACCACAAACUAUUGUGAUGGCUUUAUCCGAGAGGCUUUAUUGUCACAUGUCAAUGGAGCCAACCGAUUUGUUACGCCCUGGAUCCUGAUUUGCCUGCUGAUAAAAACAACCUCUCUCUUGCACACAUUUGCCUGAAUGAACCUGGCUCAUACUUGGUACGGAAUCCCGGCAUUAGAUAUGAUGGUAUGGAAGAUUGUCCAUACAUAACUAUCUUAACAUGAGCGUUGUAUUUGGUUUUAAUUUAGAGGUUGCUGGUAUUUGAGACGGCUAUUUUUGAAUGAAGGGAGGUAAUUUUUCUGGAAAUAGUGAAUGAUUUAGUUUGGAAUUUAACAGACUAAAUGAUAAGGGCAACGGAAAGAACAUUUUUGGGUUAAUAGUAAUAGAUUUAAGAACAUAAUUUUAACAAAAUUAAAAGUAGAGCGAUUUGGGGCUGAUCUUUAGUUAAUAAUAUUCACAAAAGGAAUGAAUUUUAGAAGAUUUAAAAAAAAAAGUUUAUUUGCACUGAAUAAAGUGUGCUAAAAUUUGUGUUACAUAUACAUACAUACUGCACACAUUCAGCAACAUCUGAAUAUGUUGGUACCGCUACAUCAUCGCAGGUUGUAUUAUGUAUAUAUGUGUGUUCACAGGUACAUACAACAUAAAUAUACAUAAUCUGUAUGGAAAACAUAAAAAUAACCUUUCCUCUUUUUAAACAUUCAGUCAAAAAUAGUCUAAGAAUCGAUGCAAUAGUAUUACGGUUGUUGAAAAAAAAAUGUUACACAAAUGUUAUUUGAUACAAUUUUCAUCAUAAUACUCUCAUAUUUAAUUUAUUAAAUAUACUAUUUA